AUGAACCACAAUUAUCUCUCUUUGACCUGUGGUCUAAUAUUUUAGAUAGUCAGUUUCGUUUCGUUACAUUGCCAUAAGGUAGCUGAAAUGUUUAUAUAUGCGCUUAUCAUCUGCCUCACUACCAGUCUCAGCACUUGUCAGAACUAUGAGAACCAAUUCUGCACCUAUAAUAGCUCACACUCGCUGAAUCAGUUCUCAACACCGAACUAUACAGAUAUAAUCUGUAUGAACAUGAUUCUGAAUGAUACGAUGAAACUGAAACUCGAAAACCAAAGCAAGCCACUUCACAUCAGAUCAUCUAUUCAGCUUAUCAAUAUAACUGGGAAUAUAACCACUAAAACUUUGGUCCUCUUUCCAUUCGUGAACAACGUGCUGAUAUAUCGAUGCAGGAUCGACAACAUCGAUGCAGACUUCAAGAGUUUGGUUCAUCUGCACAUAGCUGAGUCUAUUAUUCCGAAUAUAUCCAAAGAGAUGUUUCAAGAAAAUAGAUAUUAUUUGCUUUCUUUUGGUUUACAUUCUAAUGUGGGUCUAAAAUUCGGCGAAUCACCUUUUGAACUUCUUGACUAUUUAGAUGAUCUGAUUAUAUAUAAUCAAUCUCUAUCGUCAAUCAAUGAUUGUUUUUUCAAUGGCCUCAACCAUCUGAAAUAUCUCGUUCUCAACAAGAAUGAUAUAAAAUAUCUUCACGAAAACGCAUUCAUAGGUCUCAAUGAAUUGAGAGAAAUCAAUAUGGAUAACAAUCCUCUGGAGUAUUUCACAACAAAUAUAAGGCAUAUGCAUAAACUCGAAAAACUUUCAUUAUUACAUACAAAUAUCAGAGAAUUUCAUGUGACGCAAUUCUUUCCUUUGAUAAAGAUGAGAGUUCUGAAAAUACCAUUUCCAGCUGCGAGAGACAUAGAAGUAUCAGGAUUGGCUAUAGGAUUUCCGAAUUUGAGAAAUAUUGUUGUGGAUUCUCAUGACAUCGAUGAAGAUUCUGACAUGUUCAAGUUGAGAAACCUACGGCUUGCUGGACUCAAUGUCGAUAGAAUCAGCAAACUCCCUACGGAGGUUUCUAUAUUUGCUGGGAGACUCAAGUAUGAAUUUCCAUCGCUAGAAUCAGAUGUCUCUAAAAAAUUUCCAUUUUGUUGA